GUUCCAGGAUUUGUGGCCUUGUUGCUCAACAAUCUAAGCGCAGCAGACAAACGGCAGCGGAGAAACCGAACCGGAUCAGUGCUUCACUAGUGAAAUCGCUGAUUGAUUAUUUAUUGGAUAAAUCAUUGCGUGAAAAUUAUGGAAAAUAAAAAGUUUGUCGUCUUGUGUACAGUUUCUUUGACGUUUUUGUUGAGUAUAGCUUCGGUUUCAGCCUUCGUUGAAGAGCUCGAUGACACGUUUAAAGACACACGAAUGCCUGAUGAGAUAUGGCUUAUACAAUUCUACGCACCCUGGUGUACCUUUUGCAAGCAGCUGGACCCAGUGUGGUAUGAAAUCGGGGCUGAGCUGAAAAGUAUGGGGUCUCCAGUCAACGUGGGCAAGGUCGACGCCACAGCCCACACCAAUUUUGCAAAAGAGUUUCGAGUUGGAGGCUAUCCCGCUAUAAAGUUGUUGAAGGAUGACUUGAAAUACAACUACAGAGGUCCUAGAACCAAGGAUGGCAUAAUGGAGUUUGCAGACAGAGUAUCUGGACCUGUGGUGAGAGCACUGCCAAGUCAGCAGUUAUUUCAGAAUGUUAUGAGUAGACAUGAUGUUCUCUUUGUAUACGUUGGUGGACCGUCCGACUUGAAGGAGAAGUACAUAUCUGUGGCCAAGGAACUGAUUGUGCAUACUUACUUCUUCUCUGCUGCAAGGAACAUUUUACCCAAGGCAGUUACUCUCCAGGAAUACCCGGCUGUGGCAGUGUUCAAGGAUGGAACUUACUUCCUUUAUGAUGAACAACAUGAUGGGGACCUCGCAUCCUGGAUCAAUAGUGAACGAUUCCUUAAUUACCUCCAGAUUGACAGCUACACUUUGUAUGAAAUGGGAGAUACAAGCAAACUGGUGGCUCUGGCUAUAGUGGAUGAGAGAAACCCUACUGAGGAGAGCAUCCGUUACAAGACCAUGGUGGAAAGAGUGGCCACUGAAUACAAGGACCUCUAUAGCAAAGAAUUCCAGUUUGGUCACAUGGACGGAAACGAGUACAUCAAUGGCCUCAUCAUGGAAGAACUGGCCAUGCCCUCUAUUAUCGUGCUCAACGUGUCUAACGAUGGAUAUUUCCUACCGCCCAACAAAGUGGAGACAAAGGAGCAGCUGGUGAAGUUCAUCGAUGGAGUGUCGAAGGGCCGGAUUAAAUCCCAGGGAGGGAAUGGAUACUAUCAAUGCUUUAUAAGGAUUGCGUUCAACACCAAAACGACUGUUACAAAUAUAUUUACCAAUGCGCCCCUUUUGGGCGCCUUCCUCGUCGUUGUUUUCUGCGGCGGCGGAAGUGCCUUGUGUUACGGCCUAUGCAUGGCCUGGCGCUCAAUGAGAAACACAGAGGAAGAGGAACCAAUAACUGGGGAGAGGGUGGAGCCAAAGCAGCUCAAAGGUCCUGGGGAAGACAAGAAGACUGAGAUGAAAGCGAAGAAUCCGGCAGAGAAGAAGGCCGAUUAAGUAUGAAGUGGUAUGAAGUAUGAAGUGGUAUGAAGUAUGACGUUUUUUUUUAUUGAAAUGCCCUCGUGUCCAUGUCACCCUCAUAAAAUACGUAUGUAUUCUGACCUCAAUAGGACUUCCUGGAUAAAUAAAGGUUAAAUAAAAAAUAAACUAAAAUAAACCCCUACCCCUUAGCCCCUCUUGUAGAUCUAAGAAAAUGGGAUAGGUUUAAAUAAGCAAUAUGGUAAUAACUUUAAUUGCCUUCCUAUAGACUGUGUGGUGUUUUCGCCAUAUUGCUUCAACGUACCCUAGGGAGGUGGUACGUGGGGUCAAUUGGCGAUUCAGGGUGAGUAGUUAUCCUGAGUAUGUUCAGCGAUACUUGAAUUUCUACGUCAUUAAUAAUUUUCUAAGAAAUUAUUGGGGUUUUGUUGCAUCACUCCAAACUCUUUUAUUUAUUUGAUUUGGACUUUUUUAUCAUAUAUAUUUUUAUUUGAAACAUUCAUUAAUGAAUUAAUGUCAAUUCAAUGUUGUUGAAGACAUUGAAUUGUAUAAACCGGAAAUGUCUUCACAAUGGGAGACGAUUACAGUGAAAAUGUUCUAUUUUGUUCCACUGUGGUGUUAGAUUUUUAGCACCAUCAAUAAACCCAGCAAACAAUUCUAGGUAGAGAACAUUUUUGUAAUGUUACCUGUAAUGUUCUCCUGAUUGUAUCCAGUUUUCUGUUAGUUAGGGGAACAUUCUAUGUAUGCUAGCAAAAAUUCCUGAGAACCUAUUUAGCAUGUUUUGGCGUUACAGAUGAAAUGCGAUGCCAUGUUCUCAGAAAAUACUAUAUUAAAGAGCAAUUUCACCACUUUUCAACUUAAUUUUAAUUAUCUAGCACAAUACCAGUUCUACACGAUAAUAUCAUCAAAACAGUGAUUUUCAAACACUAUGAAAUUCGCAGUGAUGUGGGGAGCAAGAAAAUAUUGGCUAGAAACUUGUUGCAAGUUUUGAAAACCACUUUUAAUCCUACCCUGUGAUGUCACAGAGAAGCGUUUUUUUUUACGUCCUUUUCUUUUUAACCACAGAUCAUAGAAAUGUGCAGUUUUCGUAUUACGUAGACACUGGUAUGGUGCUGGACAUAAUGAAUAUGAGGUUGAAAGUGGUGGAAUUGCCCUUUAAUGUUCUAGACACAUUUCAUUGGAACUUUCCCAAGUCCAGUUUUCCGGGCUAGGAGAAUAUUCCAUCAAGUCCCACCAAACAUACACAGAACAUGGUUGCCAUGACUGUUCUCAGAAUAUAGAUAUUAAUCCAGGCCACCAAAGCUUUUAAUUGAGUGGCCCAAAAGUAAUUUUUUUAAUUGGGUAAGCCCAGGCCACCUUUGUCUUUGGGUUUUAAAAAAAGCACUUUGAGUCUCGCUCUAGGUCUCUUGUUUUGCCAUAUGAAUUUGGAAAUAAGCUUAUGAAACAGCUUGAAGGUAGACACAGGGACUAGAAUGGGUAAUGCAUGAAAUGGAAUGAGCAAUCUGGGCAACAUAUUCAUUCUUACCAUUUCCACCCUACCAAUUAAAGAAAGUGGCAGAUCUUCCCAAGUCUGUCUUAAUCUGUGAGAUCAGUUUAGUAUAGUUUCCUGAGUAAAGCUGUGAUGCGCAUUGUGUUAAAAAUAAUACGCAAAUAUCUAAAAACCAAUGAAAGGACACAUCUCUAUUCAACUGAGGGGGCCAAUUUCCUGAAAUCAUCAUAGCUUCUGACUUUAUACCUAGGCUGUUCUUCAAAGCACCUCAAACCGUGUAAGAGUUUAGGGAUUAUUAUUAUUUAUUUAACCAGGCAAGUCAGUUAAGAACAAAUUCUUAUUUUCAAUGACGGCCUAGGAACAGCGGGUUAACUGCCUGUUCAGGGGCAGAACGACAGAUUUGUACCUUGUCAGCUCGGGGGUUUGAACUUGCAACCUUCCGGUUACUAGUCCAACGCUCUAACCACUAGGCUACCCUGCCGCCCCAGGGGAUAAAGGGAUUUUUUAAAUACAGCAAAAUAUCAUAUGCAAAGAGGGAUAUCUUGUGUGUCACACCUUCAUCCACUAUACCUUAAAUUUGUGGGUUCAUCAUCAUUUCUGCCAGUGGCUCAAUAUUUAAAGAAAAUUAUGCUAGUUUCUCUUUUCAGGCUGAAGAAUUGUGAGCUGUAACCUUUCAAUGGGCUGAAUCCCAUACUCAAUAGUGUUUGUUUUAGGUAUAACCAAUCAACUAUAAUGCACAAAAUCCAUUUAAGCUGAGAUGUAUUAAAUGUUUGUUGUCUACCCUUUGUCAGUGAUUGAAUGUUUAAUACUCUCCUAAUAUUGUUGGAAAUGUGUCUGCCAGGUAUACAACCUGUCUGAUCUGGGUUAAUCACUUUCCCUAUAGGUUUCUGAAUUCUCUCAGUAAUUAUUGUGGAUAACAAUUUCAGGUCCGUGGUGAGAAGACGAAAAGGCCAAAAUGAGCUUCACUGGGAAGGACCUUUACCUUUCUUAUGGAUUACUGUAAGGGUUGCCUCCUACCACGUUUUGGGUUGCUCUCCCUUUGAUAAUUCACAAUCACAGUAUUGACUCUGCACAGAACUGGGGUCUUAUAAAAUUCACUUGGGUAUCCAUCGGUCCCUGGUGAUAUUAUUUUUCAAUCCCUUAAUGGCUUCCUCAAUCUCGCUUUCUGUAACUGUCCGUGUCAUUUCGUCCUCUGAUUAUUUAGUGAGAUUUCAGUUAGACAAAAGGGUUCUAUUUUGUUCUUGUUUAUGGUCUUGUUCUGAUGAAUCGUAAAUGUAUUUAUAAUAUGCUCCAAAUGCCUCUGCAAUGUCUCCUGGUUCUGCUUUAGAGAAGGGAUGAAUUAUCUUAGGGACUACUCUGCUAGCCUGGGAUUUUUGUAGCUGAAAUGCUAACAACCGUCUGGCUCUAUUACCCACCUCAUAAUAUCUUUGAUUAGUAAAUCUUAACUGCCCCUUAUACUUUGUAAAUCAAUAACUCAUCUAAUUUUUGUCUACAUUCAUUCAAUUUAUGCAAUAUAUCAUCAUCCCUUGUUUUUUAUGUUCUCUUUAAACUAUCUCCAAACCCUGCUGUUUUUCUUCUUCAUUUGGCACACAAGCAAUUAUCUUCCCUCUUAAUACUGCCUUUGCCCCUUCCCACAAAAUAGAUGAUGAUACGUAAUCAUUAUCACUUAGGGUAAUCUUGUAACUCUUGCUUUACAAUAUGGUCUGUCAAUAUGUUAAAUGCUAUAUUUCUCUACUUUAUGUAAAUACUGCUUGGAUAUAAAAAAAUAAAAAUAAGUAUAUUCUGGA